AUGAACAGUGCCCUGACCUUCACUGAACACGUCAGGACCAUAACCAAGAUAGCCGCAUGGAAACUUAGUUGCAUCCGGCGCGUCUCACAUUUCCUCGACUACCAGGGAAUCUCCACCCUAUAUGCAGCUCAAGUCCGCCCCCUUAUGGUGUAUGCCCCUCGUCUAAAGGCCCCGCCAGACCAGCCGUCCCCUACCAUGCAGCCUCUUCAGCAGCGUCGUGAUUUGGCAGGGUUGUGUGUCAUCUUCAAGACUCAUAAGCAAGGCGCCCCGCACCUGACUGCACUCCGCCAGCCCUGGGCGCAGCCACAUGGCCACACCACCAGAGCUGCCACAUCCAGGGUUCACCAUCUCGUCGUCCCUUUUGCUAGGACGGAGACCUUCCUUCGCUCCUUCCUUCCACGUUACACGCGAAUGUGGAACCAUCUGGUUAUGCAGACACAGCUUCACUACACCACCUCCCUACACACCUUUAAGUAUGUUGCCAAUGCAUGA